CCCUGCUACUACGGCGAUCGCCACCUCACGCCGAAGGAAUGCUCGAAGUAUGCACACGUUCCCAAAAGUAGACCUCCUUCACCGCCGGAGGAGCAUACAUCACCCCGUGGCAGCCGUCCACCUUCUCAGGCGUUUCGUAACCGAGUAAACUGAGAGCUGGGAACAGCCCUCUAUUAAGUAGCCCGCGGCGCGGAGCCUCUGCCCACUCGACACAGGCGAGCCGCCCCAGACGCGUCCGCGCGCCUGCAGCUGCGAUCUUCCCGCGUCUCCGCGGGGUCCUCUGAGCCGGCGGCGCCUCCCGGGCUUCAGCCCCAGCCGCUUCCACCUCCCGGCCUCCGCCAGGGGCUUCCCGGGACGCGCACCCCGUGGGGUCACACGGAGAGCGGGUUUCCACGAGGCGGGGAAGCCACUGUCGCCGCCGCUACCUCGAUCAUCGCUGCUCCAGAUUCCUUGAUGCGGCUGUGAGCUCAGAGGGCCAGCAUGCGGACCAGGCUUCCUUCUGCGCUGGCCGCCCUGGGUGUGGCCCUGCUCCUGUCUUCCAUUGAGGCAGAAGUUGACCCACCUUCAGACUUGAACUUUAAAAUUAUAGAUGAAAAUACUGUUCAUAUGUCAUGGGAAAAACCAGAUGAUCCAAUUGAAGGCUAUAAAGUAACAGUGGCUUCUACAAAUGAUGGGCCUACUAAAGAAUUUACCCUUGCACCUAGCACCACGGAAACUUUAUUAUCAGACCUCAUACCUGAAGUAGAGUAUGUGGUGACAAUCACUUCAUAUGAUGAAGUAGAAGAAAGUGUACCAGUUAUAGGUCAACUAACAAUCCAAACAGGUGGUCCGAUGAAGCCAGGGGAGAAAAGACCUGGAAAGACAGAGAUGCAAAAGUGCUCAGUCAGUGCCUGGACUGACUUAGUGUUCCUUGUGGAUGGCUCAUGGAGUGUGGGAAGAAAUAAUUUCAAGUACAUUUUGGAUUUCAUUGCUGCUCUUGUGUCUGCUUUUGACAUCGGUGAAGAGAAGACAAGGGUUGGGGUUGUUCAGUACAGCUCUGAUACCAGGACUGAAUUUAACUUAAAUCAGUAUUACAAAAGAAACGAGCUUCUUUCUGCCAUUAAAAGCAUCCCAUACAAAGGUGGCAACACGAUGACAGGGGAUGCCAUUGAUUACUUAAUUAAAAAUACUUUCACGGAAUCUGCUGGAGCAAGAGUUGGUUUUCCUAAAGUGGCAAUCAUUAUUACGGAUGGCAAGUCCCAGGACGAAGUGGAAAUUCCAGCAAGAGAGCUUCGUGGUAUUGGAGUUGAAGUUUUCUCUUUGGGCAUUAAAGCUGCAGAUGCGAAAGAACUCAAACAGAUUGCUUCCACACCUUCACUAAACCACGUUUUCAAUGUGGCCAACUUUGAUGCCAUUGUGGAUAUUCAGAAUGAGAUCAUCUCCCAGGUGUGCUCAGGUGUUGAUGAACAACUUGGUGAACUGAUCAGUGGAGAGGAAGUUAUUGAACCUCCAUCAAGUUUGGUUGCUACAGAAGUCUCCUCAAAAUACAUUAAACUAAGUUGGAAUCCAUCUCCUAGCCCAGUGACUGGCUAUAAAGUGCUCCUUACACCAAUGACUACUGGAAGCCGACAUCAUGCUCUGAGUGUGGGGCCUCAAACCACCAUGCUUAGUGUCCGUGACCUCUCAGCAGAUACAGAAUACCAGAUAAGUGUUUCUUCCAUGAAAGGACUGACAUCCAGUGAACCUGUUACAAUAAUGGAGAAGACUCAGCCAAUGAAAGUUCAAGUGGAGUGUUCCCGUGGUGUGGACAUAAAAGCUGACAUUGUAUUUUUGGUCGAUGGUUCCUACAGCAUUGGAAUUGCAAACUUUGUUAAAGUGAGAGCCUUUUUGGAAAUUCUCGCAAAUAGUUUUGACAUUUCGCCCAACAGGGUACAGAUAAGUCUCGUGCAGUACAGUCGGGAUCCUCACACAGAAUUCACUUUGAAAAAAUUUACCAAAGUUGAAGAUAUUAUUGAAGCAAUAAACACCUUCCCCUACAGAGGAGGAUCUACAAAUACUGGGAAAGCCAUGACAUAUGUCAGAGAGAAAAUAUUUGUACCUAGCAAGGGUUCAAGAAGCAAUGUACCAAAAGUCAUGAUUCUUAUCACUGAUGGAAAGUCUUCAGAUGCAUUCAGAGAUCCUGCGAUAAAGCUUAGGAAUUCGGAUGUUGAGAUUUUUGCCGUCGGUGUGAAAGAUGCUGUUCGCUCGGAAUUGGAAGCUAUCGCCUCUCCCCCUGCGGAGACACAUGUGUACACAGUGGAAGAUUUUGACGCUUUUCAGAGAAUCUCCUUUGAGCUCACGCAGUCUAUCUGUCUCAGGAUUGAGCAAGAACUGGCAGCUAUCAAGAGAAAAUCUUAUGUGCCUCCAAAAGAAAUCAGCUUUUCUGAUGUGACUUCUCACAGUUUCAAAAUGAACUGGUCUCCUGCUGGUGAAAAUGUUUUCUCAUAUCACAUCACCUACAAACAAGCUGGCGGGAAUGAUGAGGUCACAGUGGUGGAGCCUGCAUCUAGUACCAGUGUUGUCCUCAACAACCUGAAGCCAGAGACCCUGUACUUAGUCAAUGUGACUGCGGAGUAUGAAGAUGGCUUUAGCAUUCCAAUCUCUGGAAAGGAGGUCACCUCAGAAGUAAAAGGAGCACCUAGAAACCUAAAGGUGACGGAUGAGACUACAGACAGCUUUAAAAUCACCUGGACUCAAGCUCCAGGGAAAGUUUUAAGGUAUCGAAUUAGGUAUAGACCCACAGCUGGUGGAGAAAGCAGAGAAGUGACCACCCCAGCCAAUCAAAGGCGGAGGACAUUGGACAACCUGACUCCAGACACAAAAUAUGAAGUAUCUAUAAUUCCGGAAUAUUCCUCAGGACCAGGUUCUCCACUGACUGGAAAUGCGGCCACUGAAGAAGUAAGAGGAAAUCCACGAGACUUAAGAGUUUCUGACCCUACAACAUCAACUAUGAAAUUAUCUUGGAGUGGGGCACCAGGAAAAGUGAAGCAGUAUCUUGUCACAUACACACCAGUGGCAGGCGGUAAAACUCAAGAGGUCACAGUGAAGGGAGACACAACCAACACAGUGUUGAGAGGAUUAAAUGAGGGGACAAAGUAUGCCCUAUCUGUGACGGCCUUGUAUGCAUCCGGGGCUGGCGAUGGUCUCUUUGGAGAAGGAACAACACUUGAAGAGCGCGGUUCACCUCAGGAUUUGAUUACAAAAGAUAUCACAGACACCUCAAUAGGGGCUUACUGGACUUCUGCUCCAGGAAUGGUUCGAGGCUACAGAGUCUCGUGGAAAUCACUUUAUGAUGAUAUUGAGACUGGCGAGAAAAGUCUUCCUGGAGACACAAUUCAUACUGUGAUUGAAAAUCUGCAACCUGAGACCAAAUACAAAAUUUCAGUCUUUGCAACUUACAGCAGUGGUGAAGGAGAACCAUUGAAUGGAGAAGUCACAACUGAAUUAUCACAAGACUCUAAAACUUUGAAAGUGGAUGAAGAAACAGAAGGCACGAUGAGAGUUACUUGGAAACCGGCACCGGGCAGAGUGGUCAACUACCGUGUUAUGUAUCGUCCCCGUGGGGGAGGAAGGCAAAUGGUUGUUAAAAUGCCUCCUACAGCCACCUCAACUGUGUUAAAACGUCUACAACCCCAGACUACGUAUGAUAUCACAGUCCUCCCCAUUUACAAGACGGGAGAAGGAAAGGUCAGGCAAGGAUCAGGAACAACAGCUUCCAGAUUCAAGUCACCCAGAAACCUCAAAACAUCUGAUUCCACCAUGUCAAGUUUCCGAGUGACUUGGGAGCCUGCCCCUGGAGAAGUGAAGGGUUAUAAAGUCACGUUCCACCCUACAGGGGAUGACAGAAGACUGGGGGAGUUAGUGGUUGGACCAUAUGACAACACCGUGGUUUUGGAGGAACUUAGGGCGGGUACCACCUAUAAAGUAAAUGUUUUUGGAAUGUUUGAUGGAGGAGAAAGUUCACCACUUGUUGGACAAGAAAUGACAACUCUUUCUGACACAACUGUAAUGCCAAUUUUAUCCUCUGGGAUGGAGUGUCUCACCAGAGCUGAAGCAGACAUUGUGUUGCUGGUCGAUGGGUCUUGGAGCAUUGGCCGGGCAAAUUUCAAAACUGUGAGGAGUUUCAUUUCUCGAAUUGUGGAAGUCUUUGAAAUUGGCCCCAAGAGAGUGCAGAUUGCUCUUGCUCAGUACAGCGGGGAUCCCAGAAUAGAAUGGCAGCUGAAUGCUCACAGAGACAAGAAUAGCCUGCUGCAAGCGGUGGCGAACUUACCAUACAAGGGAGGCAAUACUCUCACAGGCAUGGCUUUGAAUUUCAUUCGCCAACAGAACUUUAAAACCCAAGUUGGCAUGAGACCUCGUGCUAGAAAAAUUGGUGUUCUCAUCACUGAUGGAAAAUCACAAGAUGAUGUGGAGGCCCCUUCAAAAAAACUCAAGGAUGAAGGUGUGGAACUGUUUGCUAUUGGUAUCAAAAAUGCUGAUGAAACUGAAUUAAAGAUGAUUGCAACAGACCCUGAUGAUACCCAUGCUUACAAUGUGGCAGACUUUGAGUCCCUGUCUAGGAUUGUGGAUGACCUCACUAUUAAUUUGUGUAACAGUGUCAAAGGUCCAGGCGACUUGGAAGCUCCAUCUAAUCUGGUCAUUUCUGAGCGAACUCAUCGUUCUUUUAGAGUGAGCUGGACACCUCCUUCUGACAGUGUGGACAGAUACAAAGUGGAAUAUUACCCAGUUUCUGGAGGGAAACGUCAAGAAUUUUAUGUGAGUCGAAUGGAAACUAGCACAGUUCUGAAAGAUCUGAAGCCUGAAACUGAGUAUGUCGUUAAUGUGUAUUCAGUGGUCGAAGAUGAAUACAGUGAGCCUCUAAAGGGCACAGAGAAAACCUUGCCUGUCCCUGUGGUGAGCCUGAACAUUUAUGACGUUGGUCCUACCACCAUGCGUGUGCAGUGGCAGUCUGUGGGUGGAGCUACUGGCUACAGCUUGAUGUAUGAACCUGUCAACACCAGAGAACCUGCGAAACCCAAAGAGAUGCAUGUGGGGCCAACUGUGAAUGAUGUGCAGCUGACUGACCUCCUCCCCAACACAGAAUACAAGGUCACGGUCCAGGCUGCCCUGCAUGACCUCACUAGUGAGCCCGUCUCUGCCCGGGAAGUCACCUUGCCUCUACCCAGACCUCGUGAUCUGAAACUCAGAGAUGUGACUCACAGCACCAUGAAUGUCUUAUGGGACCCUGUGGUUGGGAAAGUGCGUAAAUACAUUAUUCGCUACAAAACACCAGAAGAAGAGUUCAAAGAGAUAGAGGUGGACAGGACUCGGACCAACACCCCUCUCAAAGACCUCUCCUCACAAACCCUCUACACCGUCAGCGUCUCUGCCGUGUACGAAGAGGGAGAGUCUCCACCAGUGACGGCUCAGGAAACCACCCGCCCUGUACCAGCCCCAACCAACCUGAGGAUUUCUGAAGUAACACCUGACAGCUUCAGAGGAACUUGGGAUCAUGGGGCUUCAGACGUCUCUCUUUACAGAGUAACCUGGGCACCCUUGGGGAGUGCAGACAAGAUGGAGACCAUCUUAAAUGGAGAUGAAAACACUUUGGUGUUUGAGAACCUGAACCCAAACACACUCUAUGAAGUCUCUGUGACAGGCAUCUACCCUGAUGAAUCAGAAAGUGAUGACCUGGUUGGCAGUGAACGCACAUUGCGUCUGAUACCUUCAACCACACUAGCUCCAAAAAGCGGCCCACGAAACCUUCAGGUGUACAAUGCGACGUCUAACAGCUUGACCGUCAAGUGGGACUCUGCCAGUGGUCGUGUGCAGAAAUACAGGAUCACUUACCAGCCAUCCACAGGGGAAGGCAAUGAACAAACGACCACAAUAGGAGGACGGCAGAACAGCGUACUGCUGCAGAAACUGAAGCCCGAUACUCCUUACACCAUCACCGUGUCCUCCCUGUAUCAUGACGGGGAAGGAGGACGCAUGACUGGGAGAGGCAAGACCAAACCUUUGAAUACUGUGAGGAACCUAAGAGUGUAUGACCCUUCUACAAGCACCCUGAAUGUCCGAUGGGACCAUGCUGAGGGAAAUCCUCGUCAGUAUAAACUAUUCUAUGCACCGGCAGGUGGUCCAGAGGAACUGGUACCAAUUCCUGGGAAUACCAAUUAUGCAAUUCUUAGGAACCUGCAACCAGACACCCCCUAUACCAUCACAGUAGUUCCUGUUUAUACUGAAGGAGAUGGAGGACGCACAUCAGAUACUGGAAGAACGUUGGUAAGAGGACUGGCAAGAAAUAUCGAAGUGUACAACCCUACACCCAACAGCCUAGAUGUGCGCUGGGACCCGGCUCCUGGGCCUGUGCAACAGUAUCGGGUUGUGUAUUCUCCUUCAAGGGGCACCAGACCCUCAGAAUCAAUUGUGGUGCCAGCAAGCACACGCUCGGUGAAUCUGGAGCGACUGAUUCCCGACACACCCUAUGAUGUGAAAAUUGUAGCUCUCUAUUCGGAUGGAGAGGGGAAUCCCAGCCCUGGACAGGGCCGAACAUUACCACGAAGUGGCCCAAGAAACCUCAGAGUCUUUGGGGAGACAACCAAUAGCCUCUCUGUGACCUGGGAUCAUGCUGAUGGACCAGUUCAACAAUACAGGAUCAUUUAUUCUCCCACUGUUGGGGAUCCAAUUGAUGAAUAUACCACAGUCCCGGGCAGAAGAAACAAUGUAAUACUGCAGCCCCUGCAACCCGAUACUCCAUACAAAAUUACUGUCAUUGCUGUUUAUGAAGAUGGAGAUGGUGGCCAUCUCCCUGGAAAUGGAAGAACUGUGGGACUGCUUCCCCCACAGAACAUACACAUCUCUGACGAAUGGUACACAAGAUUCCGGGUCUCCUGGGAUCCUUCACCGUCUCCAGUUCUUGGAUAUAAGAUUGUGUAUAAGCCAGUGGGUUCCAGUGAGCCCAUGGAGGCAUUUGUUGGAGAAGUGACAUCAUACACACUGCACAAUCUCAAUCCCAGCACGACCUACGAUGUGAGUGUUUAUGCUCAGUAUGAUUCUGGACUCAGUGUCCCCCUGAUGGACCAAGGCACUACAUUGUAUUUAAAUGUGACGGAUCUGAAAACUUACCAGGUUGGGUGGGACACAUUCUGUGUCAGAUGGUCAGCUCACCGGGCAGCUACCUCCUAUAGGCUAAAAUUAAACCCUGCAGAUGGAACCAGAGGACAAGAAAUCACAGUGCGUGGAUCUGAAACCAGUCACUGCUUCACUGGCCUUGCACCAGACACGGACUAUGGUGUCACUGUGUUUGUACAGACACCUAAUCUUGAGGGACCAGGUGUUCCUAUCAAAGAACAUACCACUGUAAAACCAACAGAAGCCCCUACAGAGCCACCCACACCUCCCCCUCCUCCCACCAUUCCACCAGCUCGGGAUGUCUGCAAAGGGGCCAAAGCAGAUAUUGUGUUCUUGACUGAUGCCUCCUGGAGUAUCGGGGAUGAUAAUUUUAACAAAGUUGUGAAGUUCAUCUUCAAUACUGUGGGAGCCUUUGAUGAAAUCAGCCCUGCUGGAAUCCAGGUUUCAUUUGUGCAAUACAGUGACGAGGUCAAGUCCGAGUUCAAGCUGAACACAUACAAUGAUAAGGCCUUAGCUCUUGGGGCCCUUCAGAAUAUUAGGUACAGAGGAGGAAACACAAGAACAGGCAAGGCUCUCACAUUUAUCAAGGAGAAGGUCUUGACCUGGGAAAGUGGCAUGAGGAAAAACGUCCCCAAGGUUCUGGUUGUAGUCACUGAUGGCCGGUCCCAGGAUGAAGUCAAGAAGGCAGCUUUCAUCAUUCAGCAGUCAGGGUUCAGUGUGUUUGUUGUUGGUGUGGCUGACGUUGACUACAAUGAGCUGGCCAACAUUGCCAGCAAACCAAGUGAACGGCAUGUGUUUAUAGUGGAUGACUUUGAGUCCUUUGAGAAGAUAGAAGACAACCUUAUUACCUUUGUCUGUGAGACUGCCACUUCAAGUUGUCCUCUCAUUUAUUUGGAUGGCUACACUUCACCAGGUUUUAAGAUGCUGGAGGCAUAUAACCUGACAGAAAAGAGUUUUGCUUCUGUACAAGGGGUCUCUCUGGAGUCAGGGUCUUUCCCCAGCUACUCAUCCUACAAGCUUCAGAAGAAUGCCUUUGUGAAUCAGCCCACAGCAGAAUUGCACCCCAAUGGACUCCCUUCUUCAUUCACAAUUAUAUUAUUGUUCAGACUUCUCCCAGAAACUCCCAGUGACCCUUUCGCAAUUUGGCAAAUUACAGACCGAGACUAUAAACCGCAAGUUGGAGUAAUUGCAGACCCUUCCAGCAAGACGCUAUCAUUCUUUAACAAGGAUACAAGGGGCGAGACGCAGACUGUUACCUUUGACACAGAGGAAGUGAAGACAUUAUUUUAUGGAAGUUUUCAUAAGGUUCAUAUAGUAGUGACAUCAAAAAGUGUCAAGAUUUACAUCGAUUGCUAUGAAAUUGUAGAGAAAGACAUCAAGGAAGCUGGAAAUAUCACAACUGAUGGUUAUGAAAUUCUUGGAAAGCUGCUUAAAGGGGAGAGGAAAUCAGCUGCAUUCCAAAUCCAGAGUUUUGAUAUCGUCUGCAGUCCUGUGUGGACCAGUAGAGACAGAUGCUGUGAUAUUCCUUCUAGGAGAGAUGAAGCAAAGUGCCCUGCCCUUCCAAAUGCAUGCACCUGUACACAGGACAGUGUUGGACCUCCAGGACCACCAGGGCCAGCGGGAGGACCUGGUGCUAAAGGACCCAGGGGUGAAAGAGGCAUCAGUGGGGCAGUUGGGCCUGCUGGUCCUCGUGGAGAUACUGGUCCUCCAGGACCCCAAGGCCCUCCAGGCCCUCAGGGACCCAAUGGACUCUCUAUUCCUGGAGAGCAGGGUCGCCAAGGGAUGAAAGGUGAUGCGGGAGAGCCAGGGCUUCCAGGCCGGACAGGAACUCCAGGAUUACCUGGCCCACCAGGACCAAUAGGACCUCCAGGAGAUCGAGGAUUUACUGGAAAAGAUGGUGCAAUGGGACCAAGAGGCCCACCUGGACCACCAGGAAGCCCAGGUUCUCCAGGAGUCACAGGUCCCAGUGGGAAACCAGGAAAACCCGGAGACCACGGCAGACCAGGUCAAUCAGGACUGAAAGGAGAAAAAGGCGACAGAGGAGACAUUGCUUCCCAGAACAUGAUGCGGGCUGUUGCAAGACAAGUCUGUGAACAAUUGAUAAGUGGGCAGAUGAACCGAUUCAAUCAGAUGUUGAAUCAGAUUCCAAAUGAUUACCACUCCAGUCGCAACCAGCCUGGCCCACCAGGUCCUCCAGGCCCUCCUGGCAGCGUGGGAGCCAGAGGAGAACCUGGGCCUGGGGGGCGACCAGGCUUCCCUGGCACACCAGGGAUGCAGGGACCACCAGGUGAAAGAGGAUUGCCUGGAGAAAAAGGUGAAAGGGGUCUUGGAUCUUCAGGACCCCGAGGGCUCCCUGGUCCCCCAGGUCCCCAAGGAGAAUCCAGAACAGGCCCGCCAGGGUCCACAGGUUCAAGAGGACCGCCUGGCCCUCCUGGUCGUCCAGGAAACUCAGGUAUCCGAGGGCCCCCAGGUCCUCCUGGAUACUGUGACUCGUCUCAGUGUGCCAGCAUCCCAUACAACGGGCAAGGCUACCCAGAGCCGUAUGUGCCCGAGGGCGGGGCCUACCUGCCCGAGCGCGAGCCCUUCAUCGUGCCGGUGGAGCCAGAGCCGACAGCCAACGAGUACGAGGACUACGGCGCCGACCAGCCUGCGGACCAGCAUCCUUCCCAAGCGCGCUGGCGGCGCACCCUGCCCCGCGGCCCAGGGCAGCGAACCUGAGACUCUGCGGCGCGAUGCCACGCGGCCAGGCUGGAGGGGACAGGGAGGUGCUGGGGCUCUCAUUUACAGGUCACAUAGAGCAACUGUCUUGUCUCUCUUGCCAUGUUUCUUCCCGCAUUGCUUCAUCCAAGAGGCCCCCCCUUUCUCCAGGAAGCCUAGCUCUCUGCACAGUCUGUAGACUUCUUUGACUUUUAUUUUGCCCUUGAAAUGCUUGCCAUAUACCUGUUCACAAAAGCUGCAAGGAGAAAACGUGCCUUGUGUCUUUGCUUAGUACAGUGGGCAGCCUCUGUGAAACUCUUAGGUUAAACCGUUAAGUCCUGGAAGACAGAACUGCUGUGUAUCUUUUCCAGUACUUACACCACGAUUCAAGUAAUUCCCUUUUUAAGACCCACAAAGGAAGGAAAAGUCAACUCAUUGCAAUUAUUUAUCUUCCUCUUUUACCUUCUGUUAUACAUUAGGGCAUAGAAUGCUCCUAUACAUCUCUUUUAACAACCACAAACCUUAAGCCAUGUAUCUGAAGUUAUUGUAUCAACUGGAUACAGUUCCAUAUCGCCUUAAACCUCCUUGUUUUUUCAGAAACACUAACAUUUAUACCAAAUUGCAGAUUAUUCUGCAGAGAUGGAAUUGCAUGUUUGUGUUGUAUAUUUAGUAUGAACUCUUUUUUCCCCCCAGAAUAUAAUGUUUCUUAGUUAUCAAAAGCAGUUGGAAAAAUGUUUGCAAGACUAUGAACAUAGAAUUGCUGCUUUUAUAUUUUAACUGCGGAUUGUGAAUUUCACUGCCUUACAUUAUUUAUUUCUGAAACAAAAGAGGCAUUUUUCAAUAAAACUACUGAAAAUUUGA